AUGCCAUACAGCUUCAAUAUAUUCGUAGGCUAUGGAUUUCCCUUCAACUUGCGAACACUGGUUGCGGUGAGCUCACAAAGAUCUUAUCGAACAUUCAUCCCUGAUGACAUCUUACAAGGAAUGACGAGAUGCAAAGCAUUAGGAGGCCUUAGCGCAACCCCGGAUCCAAAAUCUUUAGAAAAGAAAUGGGUUGACCGUCUUGAAGCGAGCAGGUUAAAUUGUGCGCAAGUAGUUCCUAGGAGGGGUGUGGCGCUUGAACUGGACAUAGCUCUUCAAAAAGUUCUUCAAUAUCUUUCAGCAUGA